GUCGCCUCGGUCCCCGCAGCCCCGGGAUCCCGGCGUUCCCGCAUUGUUCCGUCCCAGUCGUGGAGAUCCGGGACGAGCGUCGCGGGAAUCUUACCCCGACGGGCUCCCCCAGGCGUGUUUGAGCGCAGGAUGCGGGAAGGAGGACAGGCGGAAAGGUCGCUGGCUGCAUUCCAGAUGUCACCCCUCCCGGAAGCCUGACCCCACACGGUUUCUGGCGCCUUCCUGUCCACGCAGGUGAGACCGCUCAGGUGACACCGAUGGCUGCCCCAAGGAGCAGAUGCUGAAACACGCCCCAGCCCGGUGCUGCUCCUCCUGACACCACUUCCCACCCAGGAUCUAAAUGCCACAGCGCUCUUGGGGCAAGGUGGGCUGGGACCCGCUGUCGCCUUGGAAGACUGCACGACCAUGGGAAACGCAGAAAGCCAGAGCGUAGAGCACGCGUUCUAUGGAGAGAAGCGUGCCAGCCUGGGGCGCAAGCACACGUCGCGCUCGCUGCGGCUGUCACACAAGGCCCGGCGGGCCCGGCACGCGUCCUCGGGGAAGGCGGUCCCCCGGAGCUCCGAGGUGAGCACGCGCUCCAGCAGCACUCCCAGCAUCCCGCAGUCCCUGGCCGAGAAUGGCCUGGAGCCCUUCGCCCAGGAGGGCGCCCUCGAGGGCUUCGGGAGCCCCAGCUGGGUGGACCGAGGGGACAUGGGCCUGAGGCCCGUGUCGUACACCGACUCCUCCGUCGCCCCCAGCGUGGACAGCAGCAUCGUCCUCGCUGCGGCCUCUGUGCAGAGCGUGCCCGGCUCGGAGGACGGCGGGCUCUACGGGGAUGGCACGCCCUGCCUGGCCGAGGGAGGCAGGCGGCAGCACCCCUGCCCCUGCGCCGGGCCCACGUUCCCGGAGACCGCCGGCUUUAAGAAGAAGCGCUCCAAGUCCGCAGACAUCUGGAGGGAGGACAGCCUGGAAUUCUCUCUCUCCGACCUGAGCCAAGAGCAUCUAACAAGCAACGAGGAGAUCCUUGGUUCUGCCGAGGGGAAAGACUGCCAGGAGGCCCAGCGGGCGGAGAGCAGGCCUGGUCCACGGCCGUCCAGCGCCGGUCAGCGUGCCAGCUCCCUGAGCGACCUGUGCGCCCCAAAGAGCGCGGGGGCGACGGCCAACGGGGGGCCCCGGAGCAGAUGCGCCGGCUACUGUCGGAACUUGGUGGCUGACAGCCCCCGCCUUGCCAACCACAAGAUGCCACCGGCAGCUGCUGAAGAGGCCCUUCCCUAUAGCAACUACAACACCCUUCCCUGCAGGAAGUCGCACUGCCUCUCAGAAGGUGCCACCAACCCUCAGCUGAGCCACAGCAACAGCAUGCAAGGCAGGAGGGCCAAGACGACCCAGGAUGUGAACGCGGGCGAGGGCAGCGAGUUUGCCGACAGUGGGAUCGAAGGGGCCACCACCGACACGGACCUGCUGUCCAGGCGCUCCAAUGCCACCCACUCAAGCUACUCGCCGCCCCCCGGCCGCGCGUUCGUGGGCAGCGACAGCGGCAGCAGCAGCACGGGGGACGCGGCGCGCCAGGGCGUGUAUGAGAACUUCCGUCGCGAGCUGGAGCUGAGCGCCGCCAACCGCGAGAGCCUGGAGGACGCGGGCUCCGCGCACAGCGACGAGCGCUCCAGCGGCGCCCCGAGCUCGCCGGGCCGCUCCGACGUGCUGCGCGAGGCGGCGCGGGGCACGGUGCGCAAGGCGGGCGCGCUGGCCGUCAAGAACUUCCUGGUGCACAAGAAGAACCGGAAGGUGGAGCCGGCCGCACGCAGGCGCUGGAAGCACUACUGGGCGUCCCUGAAAGGGUGCACGCUCCUGUUCUACGAGAGCGACGGCAGGUCGGGCAUCGACCCCGCCAGCACCCCGAAACAUGCCGUGUGGGUGGAGAACAGCAUCGUGCAGGCUGUGCCCGAGCACCCCAAGAAGGACUUCGUCUUCUGCCUCAGCAACUCCCUGGGCGACGCCUUCCUCUUCCAGACCACCAGCCAGACGGAGCUGGAGAACUGGGUCACCGCCAUCCACUCGGCCUGCUCUGCCGCCGUGGCGCGGCACCACCACAGAGAGGACACGCUGCGCCUGCUCACGUCCGAGAUCAAGAAGCUGGAGCAGAAGAUCGACAUGGACGAGAAGAUGAAGAAGAUGGGCGAGAUGCAGCUGUCCUCUGUCACCGACUCCAAGAAGAAGAAGACGAUCAUGGACCAGAUCUUCGUCUGGGAGCAGAACCUUGAGCAGUUCCAGAUGGACCUGUUUCGUUACCGCUGCUACUUAGCCAGCCUCCAGGGCGGGGAGUUGCCGAACCCCAAAAGGCUCCUCGCCUUCGCAAGCCGACCCACGAAGGUGGCCAUGGGCCGCCUGGGGAUCUUCUCUGUGUCGUCUUUCCAUGCCCUGGUGGCAGCGCGCACCGGCGAGGCUGGAGUGCGACGGCGGACUCAGGCCACGCCCCGGCCCACGAGCAAGCGGAGGAGCAGGUUCUCUUCUCUGUGGGGUCUGGACACCACCUCCAAGAAGAAGCAGGGGCACCCCAGCAUCAACCAGGUGUUCGGGGAUGGACCUGACGCCGUCAAGCAGUCUUUGGAGGGAGCCUUCGAUGACACCGUCCCAGAUGGCAAGAUGGAGAAGGAGAUGGACCUGCCUGGCGUCCCCCAGCACAACCCCGACUGCGACAUUUGGGUCCACGAGUACUUCACGCCGUCCUGGUUCUGCCUGCCCAAUAAUCAGCCCGCCCUGGCGGUCGUCCGGCCGGGAGACACCGCCCGGGACACCCUGGAGCUGACCUGCAAGGCUCAUCAACUGGAUCACUCGGCUCACUACCUGCGCCUGAAGUUUCUCAUCGAGGACAAAGUCCGGCACUACGUGCCUCGGCCGGAGGAGGGCAUCUAUGAGCUGCUGUACAAAGAAAUUGAAAUUUGUCCAAAAGUCACUCAGAGCAUCCAGAUGGAGAAGUCCGAUACAGCCAGUGAUAAUUACGGGUUUUUCCUGUCUUCUGAGGAUGAAGACGGUGUUCGGAGGCUCUACGUGGACAGUGUGAAGGACACUGGGCUAGCAUCCAAGAAAGGCCUGAAGGCGGGGGAUGAGAUUCUCGAGAUCAACAAUCGCGCCGCCAGCAGCCUGAGCUCCUCGGCGCUCAGAGACUUCCUCCUGCAGCCCAGCCUGGGCCUCCUGGUGAGGACGCGCCCUGGGCUGGAGGGGGGCUUGCCGCUGCUGGAGAGCCCGCCCCGCCGCGCCGACGGCCCCGCGGACCCCGGCCAGGGCCCCCUCGCCUUCCUCGCCGGCAGCCCAGGGCACGGCCUGUGUGGCGCGCAGGGCAGCAGCGCGGAGGCCGCCCCGGAGGAGGCCGAGGGGCCGGACGCCGAGUCCUCGGAUGACACGGAUCGCAGCAGCAAGAGCUCGGAGCAGGGGGCCGCGGGCCGCCGCAGCCCCCACGAGAUGAACCCCCGCGACCCGAGCCCGGCCCCCCCGGACGCUGGCGGGCUGCAGCCGGCCACCACACGGCAGCUGACGGACGCCGACAAGCUGCGCAAGGUGAUCUGUGAGCUCCUGGAGACGGAGCGCACCUAUGUGAAGGACCUAAACUGUCUCAUGGAGAGAUACCUCAAGCCUCUUCAGAAGGAAACCUUCCUCACCCAGGACGAGCUUGAUGUGCUCUUUGGAAAUUUAACCGAAAUGGUGGAGUUUCAAGUAGAAUUCCUCAAAACGCUAGAAGAUGGAGUGAGACUAGUACCUGAUUUGGAAAAGCUCGAGAGAGUCGAUCAAUUUAAGAAGGUGCUGUUCUCCCUGGGGGGCUCCUUUCUGUACUACGCGGACCGCUUCAAGCUGUACAGUGCCUUCUGUGCCAGCCACACGGAGGUCCCCAAGGUCCUGGUGAAAGCCCGGACGGACGCGGCGUUCAAGGCCUUCCUGGACGCGCAGAACCCGAAGCAGCAGCACUCGGCCGCGCUGGAGUCCUACCUCAUCAAGCCCAUCCAGCGGGUCCUCAAGUACCCGCUGCUGCUGCGGGAGCUUUUCGCGCUGACCGACGCCGACAGCGAGGAGCACUACCACCUGGACGUGGCCAUCAAGACUAUGAACAAGGUGGCCAGCCACAUCAAUGAAAUGCAGAAGAUCCACGAAGAAUUUGGGGCUGUGUUUGACCAGCUGAUCGCCGAACAGACUGGAGAGAAGAAAGAGGUGGCGGACCUGAGCAUGGGCGACCUGCUGCUGCACAGCACCGUGGCCUGGCUGAACCCGCCCGCUUCGCUGGGCAAGGGCAAGAGGGAGCCGGACCUGGCCGCCUUCGUCUUCAAAACCGCUGUGGUCCUGGUGUACAAACACGGCUCCAAACAGAAGAAGAAACUUGGAGGACCUCACAGGCUCUCCAUCUACGAGGAGUGGGACCCCUUCCGGUUCCGGCACAUGAUCCCCACCGAAGCCCUGCAGGUCCGCGCCGUGGCCAGCGCAGAUGCAGAAGCCAACACGGCCUGUGAGAUCGUGCACGUGAAGUCGGAGUCAGAGGGGAGGCCAGAGAGGGUGUUCCACCUGUGCUGCAGCUCCCCCAGGAGCCGCAAGGACUUCCUGAAGGCCGUGCACGCCACCCUCCGGGACAAGCACCGAAGACAGCUGCUCAAAGCCGAGAGCCUGCCCUCCCCCCGGCAGUACGUCCCUUUCGGAGGGAAGCGGCUGUGUGCGCUGAAGGGGGCCAGGCCGGCCAUGAGCAGGGCAGUGUCCGCCCCGAGCAAGUCUCUCGGCAGAAGGAGGCGGCGCCUGGCACGGAACAGGUUCACCAUUGAUUCUGACGCCGUGCCCUCCAGCAGCCCGGAGCGAGAGGCCCAGCAGCCGCCUGGCGCCGGGGACACGGACCGGUGGGUCGAGGAGCAGUUUGAUCUCGCACGGUACGAGGGGCCGGAUGACGCCAAGGAGACCGACAUCCUCAGCGACGGCGACGAGUUCUGCGAGUCCGCAAGGGGCGCCGAUGUGGACGGGGACCUGCCCGAGCGGCUCCAGGCCGCCUCUCUCAGCCGGCGGGGCGGCGGCCGCCGGAGCCUGGACAGUCACGCCUCCCGCAUGGCGCAGCUCACGAAGCAGGCGGCCCUGCCGGGCGCCGGAGGCGGCCACGACCCCGCGGGCGAGGAGGUCGUCUGGGUCAGGCGGGAAGACGUGGCCCCGUCCCAGAAACUCAACACGGAGAUAUGACCGUCCGCCGGAGAGCGCGUGUACAUACUUGUCCCCGCCCUGCCCUUCCUGUCCCUCCUGUCCCCUCCAGGACGAAACUGUCCCCUUGGUUCGCACUCUUGCACACACGGUUCUGGCAGCUGACUUUGCUCGGAAGCCAUGUGCCGCCCAACUCAUCCCCCUAACAGCACCAGAAAGGAUGGCUCAGAAUCUGAAGUGAGCGCGCGUCCCUCCUCCUGACCGUGGCCAAGGGCUUUUCUUCGCUCCCUGUGAAUCAGGGCCGGACGGGCAGAGAGAGGCCCUGCAGGACCGGCGGUCACGUUACCCCAGGGGGUGCUGGUCGGCGGGGCGGCACCGACGGAAUUGUGACGAGGUCACCCUGUCUGAAACCAGUCCGAGCAUCCCCGGGGGGGGCAUGCAGCGACGGAGCCGGCGCACGGCCACAGGGUCCCCCGGCUCCUUCCUCCCAGGCGCCGGGUCCGCCGUGCGUCCUCAGGAUGUGCAAGGGGACUGGGGCGCUUACGCCCCGACAAGCCUCUCCUCCCUUCUGGCCUGGUCUGGGGCUGGUCCUACGUGACGCCAGUGUUUGGAAGCUCUAGUUUUGCAUAGAAUUAUAAAGAUGCCAAACUCUUUGAAAAGAGAUCCAAAUUUAUCACUUGAAAAAGAAAAAUGCUAUUUUUUUGUAUUUUACCUGAGAGGCAGGGCACAAACAGAUGAGAACUUUACAGUGUUAGAGUACCUGAGCCUAGGAGCGAGGGCUUCGCCUUUGCAGAGAGGGCGGGCGUGCGGUUUUAUGUUCAUGUGUACGAACGGCUGGCAGGCUGCUCGUGUUUCGAGACAUGGUUUUCCCAGAAGACUGUUCGUUCGUUUGUUUGAAUCUCUGUGUGAGGUGGGUGCCCGGUCGCCGCAAACAGGGCUUCCCGAGGGGGCGGCGUGUGUGUCUGUUGCCCGUGGGUGCGGGGCUCCUCGCGGGGGUUGCCGUGGUGACCGUGGGUGUCCCUCGUGCCGCCCCUUCAUCCGGAGAUUGCCUGCCCUUCCCUGACGCUCCAUAACCGAACCUCUUAACCACCUCUUCCAACACGUGUCGUCUUGUGUUUAAUGCUUUGUUCAUGCCAACGAAACAGGGUAAACAUGCUAAAAAUCUAACGUUCUACACAGGUUUCCACGUAGGGAGAACAAAAUCAACUUAAAGCACUUUGGAUUUUUUUUUUUUUAAAGGUUUAUAGCUUUCCCACCCCCACUUCACAAUGUCCACUUCCUAAGAAGGAUUUAAAUAAUAUGAAAACUUUCUUUUUUGAGAAAUUCUCUAUUUGGUGUUUGACACAUCAGUAGGUACUUUAAAGACCUGAAUUUUAUAGUCGCUCUAGGGGUUCUAUUUUAUACGAAC